AAAUAAUUUAAAAAAAAAAAAAAAAAAAAAAACCUCCAAUAACGAUCUCUGGCCAGGUGAGUGGUGACCGGCCGGCGUGUUACAGGACAACGAUGAUUGCCUGAACGGUAACAGAGAACUAAAGCUGUAUGGAAUCAACCGACCCAUUUUCUUCUUCUCCGUCCGUCAGGUCGUGGAGGACGGCCUUUCUUACCCUGAGGGACGAAACCCUAAUCUCACCUCCACCCACCAAUGUUGUCCAGUUACUUCAAAAUCUCAUUUUUUCCCAAUCCAGUACUCUGAUCGAGGUGUCCACCGACUUGCCCCCUCACGAGGUUACCUCGGACUUGAUGCUUCUGAUGGAAUUGGCUCAAAGCAUCUCCAGUUCUGAUGCAUAUAACGUUGUGGAAACCUGUAUGCAGUUGUCCCACUUGGUUUACAGCGUCAUCAACUGCAUUUCUAUCAAACUAAAUCAUGGUUCUUGGCCUCUUGUGAUUGACUUCUUAAGUAGUGUAGUAGAAACUUUUUUCCAAAAAGCUAAGACAAACAGGGCUUUUAUUAGCAAUGUUGCUAUAGUUACAUCCACAAAGCAGUGUUUGGAGAUUGCUAAACGCCUUUUGGAUGUUAACGAGCAAGCAACCACGUUAUCUGAAACCAAGCAACUGUUAGAUUUCCUUCUUAUUAUUGUUGUUUGGUUUCAACCACAGUUGAAAAAUUCAAUAUAUUCCAGUGACAAGAUAUUAUCUACAAAUGCCUGUUUGUGGGAAGUACAGAUGAUAGCUUUUACUAUGAUUGGUGAUCUAUACUCGAGAGCUGGAUCUUCUUUACCAGUUGAUGUUUGGCAAUCAACAAUUGAGGUUCUUAGAAGCAUUCUGGAUCUCAUGGCAUCUAAAGGUCCUCUGGUCGAAGACAGUGUAAUGGCGAUGUUUUACAACUCGUUGCUGAAUUGCCUGCAUUUUGUUCUUGUAGAUCCAAGAGGAUCUUUAUCAGGCCAUGUGGCAGGUCUUGUAGCUAUUCUUAAGAUGUUUCUCCAUUAUGGCCUUAAUAACAAAUCCAAUGUUGCAAUUCCAGUUGUUGAUCACAAUAAGUUUAAAUCUGUACACAAGAAACAGAACACGGAAUCAGCGAAACCAUAUAGGCCUCCACACUUGCGAAAUAAGAAUUUUAAAAAUCGCCAGCAGAUUGAUGAGGAAUCUCCCAGUUCUUCAGAAAGAGAUGAAUGCUUAACAUUUUUUCAUCCAUCAUCUGAUUCAGAAAAUAGUGAUAGCGAUGGAUCAGGGAAAGAUGGUUGCUAUGUUCGAUAUGCCAAGACUCGACUGGCUGCAAUUCUGUGCAUUCAAGACCUUUGCCGAGCUGAUCCAAAAUCAUUUACCACCCAAUGGACAAACCUCUUGCCAUCCAGUGAUGUUCUACAGCCAAGGAGAUAUGAGGCAACACUGAUGAGCUGCUUACUUUUUGAUCCAUAUAUGAAGGCCCGAAUCACUUCUGCCUCGACAAUUAGGGCAAUGUUGGAUGCACCUUCCUCUGUUUUUCUCCAGGUGGCAGAAUUCAAGGAAUCCACUAGACGUGGUUCUUUUACAGCUCUUUCCAGUUCUCUUGGGCAGAUAUUAAUGCAAUUGCAUACAGGUAUCUUAUACUUGAUCAAACAUGAAACUCAUAGUGGAUUGCUGGUAUCGUUGUUCAAAAUUCUGAUGCUCUUGGUAUCAUGCACGCCAUAUUCAAGAAUGCCUCCAGAGUUGUUGCCAACCAUCAUUUCUUCUAUCCAUAGUAGAAUUGAAGAGGGCUUCUCACUCCGAAGUGAUCAGAAUAUCCUAUUGGUAGCUGCAAUAAACUGCUUGAGUGCUGCACUAUCUUCAUCAGCAUUCUCAACUCUGGUUAAAGAUAUGCUUCUUGCAGAAAUGUCAGCAGGUUUUGUCACACGGAAAUCAGGUGUUUUGUCUGUCUUAUUUCAAUAUUCCGAACCAGAAACAAGCCCGUCAAUAAGUGUUGAGGCACUCCAGGCCCUUAAAACUCUAGCUCACAGCCAUCCGACCAUAACGGUUAUGUGGUGGGGAAGAGUUUCCUCUUUAAUGUAUGCAUAUCUGAGCUCAUCUACUGACAUACAAAAUAGAUCCUGGAGAGAUAAUGUGCCUGGAGAGAAAGUCAUCACAGCUGCCAUCAAGGUUUUAGAUGAAUGUCUUCGUGCAGCCUCUGGAUUUAAAGGAACUGAGGAUCUUUUCACUGAUAAGUCACUUGAUAGUCCAUUCACAUCUGAUUAUGUGAAAACAAAGACUAUUUCAUCGGCUCCGACAUAUGAGAUGGAGAACAAUGCACCAACUAAAGAUGAAGCUGAAACUCUGCAAGGAAGUGAACGGUGGCUUGAAGUAAUAGAUAGGCAUAUGCCUCUUAUACUAAACCAUUCUUCUCCCAUGGUGAGAGCAGCAUCAGUUACAUGCUUUGCUGGAAUAACAUCUUCUGUAUUUUUCUCUUUGCCAAAAGCAAAACAGGACUUCAUUCUUUAUUCCUCUAUUAGUGCUGCUGUCACUGAUGAAGUUCCUUCAGUUAGGUCAGCUGCUUGCCGUGCCAUUGGUGUAAUUGCUUGCUUUCCACAAAUUUUUGAUAGUGCAGAGAUCCUCGAAAAGUUUAUCUGUGCUGCUGAGCACAAUAGCCAUGACACUUUGGUCUCAGUGCGUAUAACCGCUUCCUGGGCUUUAGCAAAUAUAUGUGAUGCCCUUCGCCACCAUGUUAAUGUACAAAGCUUUAACCAGCAUUCUUUGGAUUCAAAGGCGAGUUUUAAAUGGAUCUCAUUGCUAAUUGACAGUUCUUUGCGACUUGCAAAAGAUAAUGACAAGAUCAAAGCAAAUGCUGUGAGAGCUUUGGGGAACCUUUCAAGAUUUGUUCCAUUGACAAGUAAUUCCAGUGCUUAUUACAGACCGAACAAGUGCACGGGACAUCUAAUGCAUAGCUCUGUACAAAGUUUCCAGAUAAGUGAUGAUCCAAGGAACAAUCCGAAUUCAGAUAAGAAACUUUUGGAAGAAUCACAUUGGCUGGAAAAGAUGGUCCAAACAUUUCUUUCUUGUGUUUCAACUGGAAACGUCAAGGUUCAAUGGAAUGUUUGUCAUGCAUUGAGCAACUUAUUUUUCAAUGAAACAUUAAAUUUGCAAGACAUGGACUGGGCACCUUCAGUCUUUAGUAUUCUUUUGCUGCUGCUCCGCAAUUCCUCUAAUUUUAAGAUCAGGAUACAAGCAGCUGCAGCUUUGGCUGUUCCAGCAACCAUCAAUGAUUAUGGCAGAUCAUUUGUUGAUGUCCUUCAAGGCAUAGAACAUGUCAUUGAGAAUCUAAGGACAGACCAGAUUUCGGCGCUGUCAAAUUUGAAGUAUAGGGUUGCACUUGAAAAGCAGUUAACCUCAACUAUGUUGCAUGUGCUUGCUCUUUCUUCACAAAUUGAUGAUCAUGGUGUACCUGAGUUUCUUGGCAAGAAAUCAUCGUUUCUCGAGGAGUGGUUUAAAGGGCUGUGCUUGUCUUUGAGGGAGUCAAACAAUGAGCUUGAGGCUGAAUAUACUUCCAACGCGGAACAAAAGAAGGACAUAAUAUGCAGAGCAAUUAAGUCGCUUAUUGAGGUUUUCGAAGCCCAUAAUCUUCAGGCCAUUGCACAGAAGUUUUACAAACUGUCAAACAACUUGUGAUGAAUCUUCACAGCCAUCUAGUUUCCUGUCGUCUGGUGGUGAGUCAUCGCUGGUAGAACUUCUUCCAGCAGAAUAUGAAGAAGAUCUUAAUUGUGGUGAUGAAUUGAAUUCGAGGCUUUUCGCCCUUUUUCAUUCUGUCCUCUUUGGCCUUUGCAGUGUGUCUUGUAUAAAGCUUCAUAGAGCUGUUUUGUUCUUCAUGUCAAUGGAUCAACCACAACAAAAGUCAUAUUAUAGCUACAGGCUUGGUGUUCCCCCCUAUGUGUGAUGUAUUUUGCUAGAGUUUGUACAUAUUGUAAUGCUGGUGUUUUGAUUCUUUACCAAUCCAUUUAGUCAUAAGCUAAUGUCCUUUAUUCCAAUGUA